GCAUUACAACCAUGCCUUAAAAACUCCAAACCCUAAACAUGGAAACAUUGUCUGAAUCUACUUAUAAAAUGUGAUAGAUCCAUCCAUCCCCUCCCUACCUCAACACCAACAACCAUCUCAGUUCUUCCAAGAAUUUCGAUGGAUUCCUCAGACAGUGAAACCCGACACAUCCUGAUGUUCCCGUGGCUGGCGCACGGUCACAUCUCCCCAUAUCUGGAGCUAGCGAAGCGCCUCAGCAAGCGCAACUUCGUGGUCCACCUCUGCUCCACAUCCGCCAACUUCAAAUCCAUCGCCAACACUAUGAGUGAGAAGCACGCCGCUUCCAUCCACCUCGUCGAGCUCCGCCUCCCCACCUUAUUCCUCAACCGCUCCCUCCACACCACCAACGGCCUCCCGCCGGAGCUCAUGCCCAGGCUCAAGAAGACGCUCGACCAGGCCGCCCCCGAGCUCUGCCGUGUACUCGCCGCCCUCAGCCCCGACCUCCUCGUCUACGACUUCCUCCAGCCAUGGGCGCCCCUCGCAGCCGCCGCGCACGGCGUCCCCGCGGUGGAGUUCAUCACCAGCAGCGCCACCAUGAUGGCCUACUUGUUCCACUUCUUCGCCAAGCCCCACGCAGCCUUCCCCUUCGACGAGAUUUACUACCGCAAAUACGAGGAGCCCCACCGCGACAAGCUGCUCCAAGGGAAUGCUAUGGUGAGGAGGAACGCCUUCGACGGUGUCGACCGCUCGUCCGACAUCGUUUUGAUCAAGGGUUUUAGGGAAAUUGAGUCCAAGUAUAGUGACUAUUUGUUUGAUUUGUUGGGGAAGAAAGUUGUGGCUGUUGGUGCUCUAGUUCAAGAACCUAGUAGUGUUAGCCAUGAAUUAGAAGAGGACUCGACUUUGAUUGAAUGGCUAGACAAAAAGGGGAAAAGGUCUACUAUUUUUGUCUCGUUUGGGAGUGAGUACUUUCUUACAAGGGAGGACAUGUUGGAGCUUGCCCAUGGUUUGGAGCUUUCCAACUUCAACUUCAUAUGGGUGGUUAGGUUUCCAAAAGGGAAGGAUGUGGUUCUAGAAGAUUCAUUGCCGCUAGGGUUUCUUGCGAGGGUUGGGGGCAGGGGUUUGGUGGUGGAGGGGUGGGCCCCACAGGCUAAGAUCUUGGGGCAUGAGAGCAUUGGUGGUUUUGUGAGCCAUUGUGGUUGUAGUUCAAUGAUGGAGAGCAUGAAAUUUGGUGUGCCUAUUAUAGCCAUGCCUAUGCACCUUGACCAACCACUCAAUGCUAGGUUGGUUGAGCAAAUUGGUGUGGGUGUGGAGGUGGUGAGGAACGACCUUGGGAUGCUGGAGAGGAAGACGGUCGCGGCGGUGAUACGCCGUGUUGUGGCGGAGGAGGGCGGGGAGGGGGUGAGGAGGAGUGCUAGGUGCAUGAGCGAGAAGCUCGAAGCUAAAGGGGAUCAAGAGAUCGAGGAGGUUGUGCAGGAGUUUGUGAAGCUUUGCAAGAAGAAGAGUACCAAUGGCUUUCAUUGAACUAUUUAUUUGUUUUGGAUAUAGGGUUUGAUGAUUUCUUGUUGGUCUCCCUUUAUAUAUUGUUGGGUAAGAUUAUUUGUGAGCAGAUGCCGCUGCGCAUAUUUCGUUUUGUGUUUUAGAAUAGUUUUGUUAUUCAUGCCGCUGCAUGCGUUUUGAAUUGCAGUUGGUAUUGUUUUUAGCCAUCCAUAAUUAAUGAAUUGCAGAUGGUGAAUGAAACUUGUGUUUAGUAUAAGACUUGUCUUUUAUUUUGUGACAAUGAUAAUGCCUUAUUA